AUGAUUCGAAAUUCUAUUAUUAAUUAUUCACGAUGGUUAUUAUUUCCAUCCUUUUUCUCUCGUUAUUUAAGCAAUAAUAAUAAUAAUAAUAAUCAUCGAUUAAUAGUAAAAAAUUUCGAUCGAAAAACAUUUGAUUAUUUUUAUACACGUCGUCUUAAAAUAUACAAUAAUAAUAAAACUCAAAUGUUAAAUCAUAUUCGUACACAUAUUGAAUCAGUAUUAAAAACUUCAUCUAUUAUUAAUUAUUUAAUUAAUUUAAAUUCUAUAAAUCAAUAUAAAUUUUUUUCAUAUAAAAUAUCUAUUGAACAACUUAAUGAUAUAUUAUUUUUUGCCUAUGAACAUAAUAUUAAACUUAAUUUCUUAACAAAACGUUUAAUUGAAUGUGUAUUACCAAUAAAUAAUAAAUAUCAUUCAAAUUUAUUUAUUGAACUUAUUAAUUUAUUUGUUUUUCAUCAACAAAAAUAUUAUGAUAUAGAAACAAAACAUUCAAAUGAUAUAUUACAAAAAUUUAUUAAUAAUUUAGAAUUAAAUUUAACUAAUAAACAAAUUAAUUCAAUAUCAUUAUUUGAUCUUAGUCUUCUUUGUUCAGCAAUGUAUCGUUUACAAAUAUCAUUAAAAAAUAAUUAUUUACUUGAAUAUAUUGCAAAAUAUUUAAUUAAUGAUGAAAAUAAAAAAUUUCUUUCAGCUGUUGAUAAACAAAAUUUUAUUAAAAUUUUAACAUUAUCAAAUUAUGGAAAUAUAAAUAUAGCACAAUCAUUAACAAAUCGAUUUAAUCAAUCAUUUGAAAAAUAUAUAAAAUUAAAUUUAUAUUCAUUUAGUUAUGAAAUUGUUCGUAUGACAAUGCGUAUUGGAAUUUAUUUUUCUAUGUUUCAUUUUUAUUCAAAUGAAUUUUUUAAAAAUUGUUUAAAAUUAAUUGAAUUAGAAUCAAAUUCAUCUAUACCAUUAUAUCGAGCUAAAGAUAUUAUACAAAUAAUGAAUACACUUAUUUAUAUGGGUUAUGUACAAAAACAAAAUCAUAAAUAUCUUGAAUUAAUUUAUAUAUAUCAUCAAAUGAAUCAAUUUAAUAAAAAAUCUGAACGUUUAAUCGAUGUACUUGCAUCAUUAGCAAUGAUUAAUUGUUUUCCAGAGAAUUUAUUAGAAGAACUUUUUACCAAAGAAAAUUUAAAUCAAUUAAUUGAAUCACGAAUGAAAGAAAAAUUAUUCUUUAUUUCUGAAUCAUAUAAACUUCUUUGUUCAUCACAAAAAUCAUUACUUGAUCAGAAUUAUCUUAAAUCAUUACCACAUCAUAUAUUUGGUUCUUGGGAAAUCGAAAAAAGAAAACGACCAUAUUUUUCUAUUGUUAUACAACGAUUAUUAGAAUGUGUACCUAAUCGUCUUUAUGUUAAAAGUGCUUUUCUUUUGAAACAUUUUAAAAGUCCUGAUAUUAUUAUUUGUCUAAAUGCUAAACAACAACCACAAAUUAUUCCAAAUGGCAAAGUGAAAAGUAUUAGUUUUUUUGAUGAGAGUGAAAAUGAAUGUUCAUUGUAUGCACUUCAAGUGCUUAAUGAAGAUGAAUUAUGUAUAAAUGAACCAUUUCGACCACUUGGUUUAUUCUAUUCCAAAGCUCAUCAAUUACAAAAAUUAAAAUAUAUUCCUGUUAUUAUCUAUCCAAAUGAUUCUUUACAUCAAGUAAAAACAACUAAAGAAAUAUUUGAAUGGAUUGUACAACGUGCACAAACAACAGAAUUAUUGUUAAAUGAAAAUAUAUCAUAG